AAGGGUUUAUUUUAUAUGACAAGCUCAGUCACGAAAAUAUGAAAUUUUAAUACAGUUUGCUAGCAAGUACAUUAGGUAACCUCUUUAUCUCGAUGGAGAAGUCACUUACGGACAUGCAUUCGCUCCAGCAGCCCCGGACAUUCUAUUUCCGCCGAAGGCUGGGUGCACAAAAGCAAAGGGCGUGUCUGGCUCCAGUCACGAAGAUUUUCGUUGCCAUUUUGCUGCUCGCGGUGCUCGCAGCCGCCCUGGCGCUGGAAACUGGCAAUGAGAACGAGAGUGAAAUUGCGCGAAUCCGUGUACGACGAACGGGAUGGAUAAAAGUGCCCAGGCCUAAUUGCACAAGUUACUGCGCGUGCAUCAGUAGGAGUACUCACUGCGGCUAUGGUACCGACUGCAAAUGCGGCAAAUAAUGGAAUAACUGUGCAAUGAGAUCGAAAAUAAAUCUGUUGUUGGAGAUUA